AUGGCGACGCUAGGCGACGAGGAUAAAAGCAGUUCCGCUUCAAGCGAAGAGAGUCGAUCGUCUAGUUGGUAUCUAGUUCAGGUAAAUCCAUUUUAACAAUGAUAUUUAGUUCUAUAUUCAAUAAGGCGAAAAGGGUGUUUUUAAAAGACUUGCGUCAUGGCCAAAAUCAUGAGCAAAGUUAUCAAAAUAAAAGACGUGACAAGAGGCAGAAAAAUUCAAAAGCUUAAUUUGCUUGCCCAACUAAGCAGUUCAUGGCAGAAAACUAUUGAUUUUUGGUAAAAUCUAAUUCAUAUUUUAUUUUUUUAGUUUCUCUUGAGUGUUUUUUGCAGUGAUACUCGCAUGUGCCGUAUUUGGGAUUAGCUUUGAAAUUGUAAAUUAAAUAAGUCAUUAGCUUUAAAAUUCAAUAAUAUAAACCUUAAUAAUAAAAAAUGAAUCAUUGAUUAAGUACUUAUAAAUUGGAAUUGGAAAUUAAAGCUUCUUGAAGAUAUGUCACACUGUAUCAUAGGGGCAGUCAGUCGGGUUGGGAGGAAAGGUGUGAUGAAAGUUUUCAAGCUCGGGCGGAAGAGCCCCUGGGUACUGACUCCUGCUAGACCAUUUCCAAAUGGUCAAGCAAAUGUUGGCUCCUGAUCGGCCACAAAAAAUGCUUUGUAUUAUUGUGCCCUAUUGGCACAAACAGCAUCUCCGGAGUUUUUUUACAUUGUGUUCGUAGACGACGGCUGUUGUCUUGCACACUUGUCCGGUUCAUUCACCAUGGUUGUGUGUACAAGGGAAACUUUCAUUUGUUACUUUACUGACCAGAAAUGAAGGAAAUACUGAUAACUCAUUUGCGAAAAGCCAAAAUUUUAUAUUUAAAGUAUGUUCCCGUUGAACUUUGCUAAUGAAAUUAGCCUAAUGAUGAGAGGACAAAACGACCAGUUACUGACAAACUUGUGAUCCUUUGUUAAAAAAGUGUUAUGGAGAUGCCUUACUACUACACAAUUAACUAGAGGGGGAAAUAAUAUUUUUAUUAUCUCACUCUUCAUUCUCAUUAAGAGACCAUGUGUUCCAUAAAUAGGUUGAGUAUAAUUGUCUGAGUGAAGGUAGUCCUGAAUAGGACUGUUGUUGACAGUGACUGACGUUUCGACAACCUGUUCAGUAGCCAUCUUCAGAGUCAAAGUGAGUUGUAUCACGUCAGUUGAUGGUAUUAAACUCAUAGUUAUUGAUCUGAUUGGUCAAUUAAGGUGUGACCAUGUGUUGAUAGCAUUUCAGUAAUCAUUUCCUGCUCUUUGAAUUAUAGUUACAGUAGAUCAAAAUAAUAUUCUCCUGUGAAUCCAGCUCAGCUGCUUACAUCACAGUGAUAUUUCUCUUUUGCAAACAGAGACAACUAAGGAUAGAUAAAAUGUAAUAUUAAAUCCAAUUUGGUUAUUAUUUUAAUCCAACAGGACACCUCCUCUGCUGUUAUUGAUAUUGCGAACACUGAUGAUCUGCAGUCAGAACCUGGAAAUGUUGAAAGGUUAGUUAUGUUGUGUAUGGGAAAAGUAAAAAUUGAUGAAACAGACUGCUCUGAGAAAUUUUUUUAAGUUUUUCCUACAAGGGUCAAUGUUAUGUGUAGCUUGUACUCAGAUAAUCAACGGUUUUGUGUUUUUAGUGCUUUUAGAAAAGAGUAACUGAAAAAGAUAACAGCAAUUUUCAUGUGUGCACUCAAACCUGUAAUCUUUUCUUUUGAAAUAAUUGAUACUUUGGCCACCGCCCUUUUUAAUGAUUUAUCAAAGCAUCUUUUAGUGAAGACAACAAGCUACUCUGAUGCCUAUUCCUAAAGCCGUUGUCCUUCCUAAGAAAGGGUGCAAAAGUCAUAUAUAUUUCUAGUGUAUAAUGUUAAGAAUUCAAAGUGAUUUUCCUCAUAACAAGUUCAAGAGGAUUUGUACGAGCCACCUCCAAUAUAUGUUCAUUGAACAGCCUCUUAUCGGAGUUUUUUUGGCUAAGUUAGGAUUUUGUUCAAGUGCAAAAUUGUCCUAGAUUUUAUUAUUCUACCUUUUGUUGAGUGUUUUUAGAAAACCCUUUUUUUGAAUGGCUUUUUUUCAAUUGGCAGCCCUGGAGGAAGUCCUAAUCGACAGGGAGUAUCUGAGACAGAAUUUAUGGAGAGAAUCAGAGAGAGGAUGGCGCAAGAAGUUGGAGGAUAUGUAAGCAGAUGAAAUACUUGUGUUUCAUACAUGUUUGUUUUAGAAGUGUUGUUUAGAGAUGUUAAAAUCUACAUGUAGUUUUGUAUGUUCUCACCUAGUAAAUUGAGGUACUCUACAGUGUACAUAUAGUGACUUCUUUUACCUCAGAAAGUUUUCAGUGAGGUCAAAGAAUUUCAGGUCAAGGGCCUUCAAUGUUUUGUUUGGUAUAAAUUCAGUGUUUUUUGUUUUGUUAUUAUUCAAAAUUAUAUUGAUUUUAACUACUGGCAAAAAAUGAGUAUUAGACUUGCCAAGAUUUUGUGAGAAAGAAGGAGCUAACUUAAGUGUAUAGAGGUGUGGUUUAUAGUACAUUGUACACAUGAUUUUACAGAAGGAUAUGCAUGUAUUAAUCCUUAGUGUUAACGGUCACCUUUGAUUUUUAAUUUGUAGGUUUGGCAGGCUGGUAAGCAGUCAGCCAAAAGAGCAUUUGAUCUUUAUGCUAACAUUGAUAUACUCAGGCCAUACUUUGAUGUUGAGCCUGUACAGGUCCGUGACAGGUAUGUUAUGUUAUUGCGUUCGACGUUAGGAGAACGCUUCGUAAUCUUUGGGGAUCCUGUGGUCGAUGGGAUACCUGUGCAUGCCAGGCGUGAAGAUUCGAGAUUUUUGGUUACUUGGACGGGCGAUGUUCAAAAUCUGCGCCAUUUUGAAUAAUUAUUAAGCGCGCGCACGAAUUUUAAGCCCAAUAGCCGGCCAAAGAAAUUGCGGGCUCACCUGGUGGACAUGCGCACACAACUAUUUUUUACGUCAUAAGCAAUUGUCAUAUGGCAAUCACGUGCAUCACUGGUUCCAUCAAGGUCAACUAGAUGAUUACACGGGAAUAUUUGAGUUCGGCAAAAGAAUGAACUUUGGAGUUGUUUUCUAAGCGGGUUUUAUCACUGAGCUGAUGAUUCUGCUAAACUUUUCGGUCAAUGCCGUUCAAAUCGAGCUGGAACUUCGUGAGAAACACACAAAUAAAGACCAGGUAACAUUUGUGCCGUGAGAAGUUUACCCGUGCGUUUGAGUCUAUUUACAUAUUUGUAGUUUAACCUCUUUCAUGCACGAAAAAGUAAACUUGAGCGUAUCAGUGCAGUUUGUUACAACUGUAAUGCUUUAUUCACGUCUGAUAUCUCUACGCGGGUAAUUUUGCAUGAUAAGUAUCUCGCUCGCUGAAGCAAGCUAAGUUUAAAACAUGUUGAACUGACCUACAUGAACGUAAAAUAAUCAUGAGAUGAAAAGUUUGCACAAUGGCAAAAGAUUCUGUCCGGUUCUCUGACAUCAGUAAUCUAGCAGAAACCUAAUAUGUUUCCGUCGCUCCUAUGAUCAUUGAUUUCACUUCAAGUUGUGUCACGCAAGAAGCCAAGACUUUUAACCUUCAAGGCUACCAUUUUUUCGAAGUUUGUAGUGACAUGUUUAUCUUUUUAACAACAAAGAACUUUUUACGAUCUACUUUACAUUUUUAUCGACCAUGCUUGAGGGAGAGUAAGACAUUUUAAGAGUAGAGAGUUAAUGAGUGAGAUAUUUUGAAGCCGUAUACGCGAAGAACAUUUUUUACGAAAAGAAUGUUUACCUUUUAAUUCAUGAUCUCUUCCAUGAUUUUGAAAUCAAGCUUGACGACACAAAAGCUAAUCUGGAGCUAAGAAAACUCGAACGCACUUAUUGAUCUAUGAUUACUACUAGUCCUAUGUGUUAAUACAUACAUAGAGGAUAUUAGUUUACGUGGCCACGUGCAAAUAUGAUAUUUGUCUUCUCUUGCUCAAAAAUAUUCACCACUCGAUCGAAGAGAAAUUUCUUAUCUCCAAGUGACCAUGUAAUGUUCUGUUUAUUAAAAAGACUCUAUGAACACCAAUGAAAUACCAAACCAUUUCACUUUAAUUGCUUUUUGAUGUGAAAGGGGUGAUUCAUUUUGUAGUCAUAAUGAGGGUGACCUUUUCACAUGUGAAGAUAACAUGUUACUUUCAUGUGUGAUGAUAUCAUGUUUUUGCAUGAAAGCUCACCUGGUAUUUCAUUGGUGUUUAUAUAAUAUAUUUGUAUCUUGUCAUUAUUAAACCCUCGUGACCAUGAGUGCCCAUAAUAGUAAGGUGUAGCAAAAAAACUGAACAUUUGCAUUGGACAGAUAACAUAUAGACUGACUGUAGUACCAAUCCAAGCACAAAGAAUAUUUCCUGGGAGGGGAUGAACUUACACAUGGCAGCAAGACUUUGAUUUAUGAGCAUCAGAAUAAGCCUGUUGCGGACAGUCCAAUAUAUUAAUUUAGUUUUUGUCCCAAUUUUAAAGAUGUUGCCUUGUGUCCAUCUUAAAGAGAGUUAAUUGUUCAGUACAAUAAAAUUGUGAUGUUGGACCAAAGAGUUCAUGCUUGAGAGCCUGUCAGUAAGAGUUUGUUUCAUUCAAAUGUCUGGAGUUCAUCUAACAUCUAAAUCUGAAAAAGUGUAUUUAGAUCAACUUGGCUUAUUUUGUGGCCAAGCGAGAAUAAUACAUGUACAUGCUAUUCUUUUAUUAGUGCUUCCUUUUCAUUAAUGAAAAAUAUUUCACUUUAGUUUAUGAAUUUGUUUGCUCAGGUGAGGUGAAACCUCUUUUUGUUGACAUCCAUAAAUUCAAAGUUAAAUGAUUAAGUUAUUAGUCUCAUAGUGACAUUAUUUUCCAACCUCUCAGCAUGCAUUUAAAACUUUAUUUCCAGGUUGCUCCAUUCACUGAUCCCAAAAAUGCCAACUACAGCAUCGCCUCAGGUAACAUAAUUAUUGUGUGUGAUCAUGUAUUCCUACCUUGAUGUGGGAUCUUCUGUCCAAAGUUUCUGAAAUGGUGUGAUCUGUUCAACCGGGCCUUUGCCUAUCUUUUUUGUAGCAGGUCUUUUCUGGCAUUUAAUUAUACAUUCAUUUAGUGGGGACAUAAUAUUAUACCGCCUCCUUUCCAGUAAUUAGUAAUGUUGAGUAAGUAAGUAAGUAAGUAAUAAAAUUUUAAAGUACCAGUAGUCUGUUAACAUUUUCAUAAGUAUGUUAUUUAUUACUUGCUUUGUACAGACUGUAGUUGGUGAACUGUAUGGCCCUUUGAUGUUGGUGUUUACGCUUAUUGCCAUUUUGCUGUUCGGUAUGAAAACCUCUGGACACACAGUGGUGAGAAAAUUUUUCCAGUGCUUAAAUUAUGCUUAGAGUAAAAUAAGGAAUAAUGUUGUCAUUUUCCUUGGGUCAAGAUGAGCCUUUAGCUUACUACAAGAGAACUUCCUAGCUGUUCAGUUUCCUGCCUACAAAUUGUAUACACCUGGCAACUUGAGACCUUAAUGAAAGGCAUUGGAUAUGAAGAAAUCACUGGAUCAGAGAAGAAUCUCUUUUUCAUAUUUCAGUAGACUAGGAAAGUAAGGAACCUAAUCCUGAAUUUCUAUGUUUGCCUUGCAGCACUUUCUAGAUAUAAAAUACAAAAUUAUUAUAAUUUUUAUUUCUUUCAACGACAAGGCAAAAAAUCUUCUAGAUGUAGUUUUACAUACAUACAUACAUGCAUAACCUUCAUUUUAACUCGAAUUUUAGAGUAGCUACACUUUAUAGCUAAUAUCUUUGAGUCAAAUCUGUCAAACAUUUCUUGUAUAUGUAUAUGAAAAAUUCUUUAGUCAUCAUUUGAUGUCACAUUAUUCUGAAAACAUUUAUUCAUUCACUUUUUUAUCAGACUGGCUUUUCCAGAAUUAUACAGAAAGUUUUCCUGUUCCCAUUUCAAUUGAAUGCAUCCUCAGUGUUAUGAAGUGCAGUGAUUUCACACUUUAAGCUCCAAUAUUGGCAUACAAAUUCUCCAAACUGUUCUCCAUACAUUUCCUUAAAGAAUUAGUUAAGAGAAUUUGAUAAAAGAUCAAAGCAUUUUCCCUGAGAUGACCCUUUUAUCAAUUCUCUUUACCUUUAUUGAUGUUGGUCACUUUUAGGACUUACAUGUAUAGGCUGGGCUACUAUUAAUUUGGGAGCUGAGACCUCCUCUAGUGGGGUGUCAGCGUGCAAAGAAAGUCAUGUCCAAUAGCCCGGGGCUAGUGGAUUUAGCUAUUGGGCUAGUGUUCUUAACUUGCCCGAUGGGCAAGUGCUGUUUUUGGGGGAAAUUCAAAUUUACAGAAGGAUUGUAAUCAAUCCUGCCAAUCACAAGGGGUUUUGGGGCUAGUUGAAAUGACUUGUGGGCUAGUACAUGCCAGCUACAGCUUGCCCGAAUGGCAGGAUGCAAAACUGACUUUCUUUGGACCAUGAGUGUGGUGCUGAAUAUGAGUCAAAUGCCUUAAGAGUUUGUCACCUCUUUAUGUGAGAAAUUUAAUAAAAGAAGUCAGAUACACAGUCGUUCCACAAACAACCAUACAGAUUCAAACAUCCCCUGGUAUCGUACUUCAUGCGGUCAAAGAAGGUUUUCUUACAGAGCAACUAAGAUAUGGAACUCCUUAGAUACAAUUGUAAAUCAGUAAAAAACAUCAAUUUUAAAACUUUUAAGAGAUCACUGAAGGAGUGUUUGUCAGAGAAAUAAAUAUUUGUUUUUAAUAAUUAAUUUUAAGUUUUUAUUACUAUCUCGAUUUUUCUUUCCUUUUUGAUGAAAAUUAUAAUUAUGUGCAUUAACUUAGAAAAGCCUGGGAAUGUUAAUAAGUUUGUAUGCAUGUAUUAGUGACAGUCUCUCUUUUGUUCUUUGAUUACAGCAAGAGGGAACACUGAUGGGAACUGCUUUUGGUGUUUGUUUUGGAUACUGGAUUGGUGGCUCUGCAUUAUUCUACUCGGUGUCGUUCAUGUGUAACACUCACCUCACCUUUCUUCAGAUUUUGUCCUUGUCAGUAAGUAUGAUCAAAGCUAUAAAGAUUCAGUCUAUUUGUUCCUUUGUGUGCCCAAAAUCCUCCCUUACCCUUCCACUUUUAUUGCCUGCUACACAGGGUAUUUGUGUAUUUGUGUACUUUUUUUUUUGUCAGAUUUUUUUAAACAUGGAUAUUAAUUUUCAUUGCAAGCACAGCUAAAACUUUUUUGACAGACUUUAAUUUUGGGAGUUUGAAAAUUCCUAUUGAGACAAUAUUCAGAUUAUUAAUUUUUAUACAGUCUAACCUCCAUGUAUGACCACUUCAUGAGUGACCACUGCUUAUAUAGGCAAACCAACUUUUUGGUCUCAUGGUUUGAAGAUUGUUCAAUUUGCCUUUGACCUCUUGUAAGUGACUGCCUGAUGCGUGCUCAGAUCUCCUUGUUUUCUGUAUGUGCUCACUACUGAUACUUCGAGCACUCAACAGCCUUUCAGUGACACAGUGGUACUUCAUGUAUUGUAAGUGCAUUAGAGAGAGGAACACCCUGUGGUUUGAUUCUCAUGCAUUGAGCAGUAUUAUCUAAGAUUGCUUUCAUUUUUUAUCUGUUAAUCAGGGUUAUGCAUUAUUUGGAAAUGUUGUUUGUCUGUUUUUAACCACUGUUGGCUAUCACCAUUCACAUUCGUUCUUCUAUGCUCUGUGGUUGGUAUUUGGUGGAUUAUCAGCUGCUAAAUUGGUAAGCCACAAUAAAAUAGUAAAAGUAGACAUUUUGAACCACAGCAUCUUAUAAUCUUCUUAGAGGGCUGUCAGUGACAAUGACUGACCUUUUUAACAAAUUAUGUUCGAGGAAGUCAUUGCAGUAAAAGUUGAAGUGAAUAGUGAAACGUCAUUAAUGGUGUAAGUCUUAACUUGUUGGCAUGUCUGUAAAGUAGCUAUUUAGUUAAGCAAAUUUGACCAUGUUAAAUAAAGGCUAUUGUAUUGUAUUGAUUGCUGUUGUGGGUCAGUCAUUAAAGUUGCUGUGUUAUUGGUCACAAGCCUCUUAUGCAGAUUUUCUUUGAUGAAGCGCUAAGAACAUCUGCAUAAAGCGUAACUCUGUAAGCUAAUAAUUCCAAAAGUGGCAGCGUGCAGGUCCAUCUUAGCCUGCUUGGCAGAUGAAAGGAAGGGCCAAGUAGGGCGUGUGAGAGGCGAGUACCCCUGAAUUCCUCCUUUUGCCUUCCCUUUCAAAUGCCUACCUUUCUGUCUUGUAAAACAUGCUUCAAGGUAUUUUUGGUUAUGCCUUGCAGGUGACUGUUUUUAUGAGCCGAACGUUUAAUCGCCGUCAGGGCCUGAUAGCUGGUGGUGUUGUGGCAGCUGUGCAUUUGCUGUUUUUGUUGUACUUGCAUUUUGCUUAUCACAGUGUUUAUGAAGGUAAGUUGGCGCUUAGUCUAUUGCUUAGCCACUUACAGCCAACGACCACAGAAUCUUGUCCCAAUCACCAGCCCUUCCACCCCCUAAUAGAAGCACAUUGGGCAAAGGCCAUUUCAGAUUAGAACUUCUAACCAGGGCGGAUAAAGUUUGGGCGAUGAAACAAGCACUCCACUCUUCAAUUGAUGUGUGAUGCGGAGUAGGACUGGCACGAGUGCUCUUUCCGUGCUUCCGGUGCGCUCGAAGGCCAGCAGAAUUUUUCAUUUCGCAAACCGAAAAUUCUGUUUUCUUUCAGUAAUUUCAGCCUACAGUGUAAAACAGAUAAAUUCGUUUCAUAAGAAUAUUAAUAAACAGUUUCAUAUGUUUAUGAUGCACUCGUUUCAUCGCCCAACCUGUAUCCGCCCUGCUUCUAACACUUGAGAAGCCGCUAUUGUCUUUUUAGUCAAGAUCAGUAGUUCGACCCUAUGUUUCCUGCAGUUCAUAAGCUAGCUUUCCUCUUGAUUAAAUCCACUUUCAGAGCAUGUUGACUUGAUAUUGUCACGGCAGUCAAGGGAAGCAUUGACCACUUCCCUGCAGAAUUUUGUGCCCUCGGCUGCUAGCGCUGACAAAGUGACAGCACACCUGGCUAGAGUCAAAAGAAGCAUGAAUGGAAGUAAGUGUGAUGAGUUACAUGUCGCAAAAAAAGUACAGCCACCUCUCUUUGCUCCUCGACGCUGGGGACGCCUCGAGAGACGUGCUAGCGGUGGCGAGCGGCUGGAGGCGGCUUAG